GAAGUGCAAAGGACAUGGAGGGCUGGGCCUUGCUCAUCUUCCUGUUAUCUGUGGUUACUCAUCAGUGCUCAGGUGAAAUAGCAGACCACUUGAUACAGGAGACUAGAGACAGGAUAGUUCCAAUACGAAGGAUCCUACUGCCGGUGCCAGAAGACAUGCUGGAGGAAGCCUGGUUCUUCAUGGGGUCUUACAUCAUUCCUCUGGACUCUGAGACCGAGAGGUGCCGUAACCACAGCUCCUUCCUUUUCGACAGCUUCCUCAACGAAGAAAUGUGGGCCAUCAGGAUGGUGGAUGCCGCUGGAAAACCCGGCGCCGGCAUCAUAGACGGCAACAUCAUGUCUCUGGGAAAUUAUGACGAAUGUUUAUCUGUCUCUGCUCCUGGUGGUCUCUUCCAAGGUCAACACUGCAUCGUCGAGACCAGAGGCAUAUUGCCAACCGAUACAAUAGACAAGUUCUCACCUAUGGAAGAGAUAAUGCGCACGAUCCGCAAGGAUGUGAUGUUCUCAGUCUGUGUGCCGGACUCCUGCACGGCGCAGGACGUCAAGAUCCACCUGGACGUGACUCUCAACUCCGUCAACGCGACUGCCAUCAUGUACGACUCGAGCUGCUCUUCUGCCACCUCCCCGCCCCUGGAUCUGUCUGACUACAUCGUCAUAAUGGUGCUUGUCAUCAUCGUGGUUCUAGUUGUUCUGAGCACAUGCUAUGAACAUCUCACUGCGAAGUCAGAACGAAAGGACCUGCUGGUCAGUUUCUCUAUCACGUCUAAUACUAGUCAGCUGUUGUCCACCACCGAGUCCCCGAACAGUCUACCCUGCCUGCACGGACUGAGGGUCCUCGCCAUGGCUUGGAUAAUCGUGGGCCACCGUUUCGUCAACCUAACCCUCGUUCCAGGAAGUGACGGCCUCAAAGUUGUCCAGAAUCUCGGCCGUCUGGCCUGGACUCCAAGCCAGAGUAUCGACAAAGUAUUAGGGAUAUUCUUCCUGCUUUCCGGGACUCUGGCAGCCUACAACUUCCUCCGGGAUCGACUCGAGGGGAAAAAAUUCAACUAUCUCAAAAUUUGCGGUCAUCGUUACCGAAGGUUGAUUCCACCAGUGUUGUUGGUAUCUAUUCUUUACGCUACCUUGCUGAAGAAUCCUCUACCCUCUUCCAGAUAUCUGGAAGAGGAUGUUCACCAUAUACCAAGAGAACUGUCAGGAGAAUUGCACCGUGAAUUGUUUAUCAAUAUACAUUGUGACACGUUGACUCCACCAGUGUUGUUGGUGCCUAUUCUCUACGCUACCUUGCCGAUACGUGUGGCGGACGGUCCUAUCUGGAAGAGGAUGUUCAGCAUGUACCAAGAGAACUGUCAGGAGAAUUGGUGGAUUAACCUGCUGUACAUUAGCAACUAUGUCCUUAUAGCAUUGUUGUUGGUGCCUAUUCUCUACGCUACCUUGCCGAUACGUGUGGCGGACGGUCCUAUCUGGAAGAGGAUGUUCAGCAUGUACCAAGAGACCUGUCAGGAGAAUUGGUGGAUUAACCUGCUGUACAUUAGCAACUAUGUGGUGCCUUACAGCACCCACCGUGAGUUGUUUAUCAAUAUACAUUGUGACAGGUUGACUCCACCAGUGUUGCUGGUAUCUAUUCUCUACGCUACCUUGCUGAUACGUGUGGCGGACGGUCCUAUCUGGAAGAGGAUGUUCAGCAUGUACCAAGAGAACUGCCAGGAGAGGUUGACUCCACCAGUGUUGCUGGUAUCUAUUCUCUACGCUACCUUGCUGAUACGUGUGGCGGACGGUCCUAUCUGGAAGAGGAUGUUCAGCAUGUACCAAGAGAACUGCCAGGAGAGUUGGUGGAUUAACCUGCUGUACAUUAGCAACUAUGUGGUUCCUUACAGCACUGUGAGUUGUUUAUCAAUAUACAUUGUGACAGGUUGA